GGGAAGUUUGAAGUUUGAAUCUAUGAUCUCAGAUGUUGUUUGACCCUUCAAGGUUGUCCUUAGUAUUUAUGGUUAUUUAAACGUUUUGUCACAUGGUCCUACUCAGUUCGUUGCACUAACAGGUUAAUUAUAUUCACCUUCAACGUUCUUCAUAUCUACAACGUUAAAACUUCAAAUUCGUAACUACGUGUUUUGAUUGAAUUCUAUGUCUGUAGUCAAUUUUACAUUAUCUAGUGAUGACCAAGACGGUGUUCCAUGCCCAGAUUCCAUUCCAUUGAAAGUUGAUGAAAUAACAAAAAGUAUAGUCGGUCAUCUUAAAACUCAGUGCUCAAAAAUUCUCUCUGGAAGCUGGUCUGAUACAAAUAAUUUCUGUGUUGAGCUAUCGAAGAGUUGUGGACUAAGCAAUUAUUUAUAUAUUGGAUAUUUAAAUAAUGAUAUUAUUUCUUUGGAAAAUGAACCACGUAAAGUACUUAUUCGAGUAUAUGGUGAAGUAUUGAGAAGUUGUACAGACUCGAUUAUCUCCGAUUCAGUUAAUUUUGCAUUACUUUCGGAAAAAAGGAUUGGGCCUAAACUUCAUGGUGUAUUUCCCGGUGGACGAAUUGAAGAAUUUAUUGAGUCCAGACCUUUAACUACACAAGAACUCCCACUAAUUAUUGAAGUAGCAGCACGGCAUAUGGCUUCUUUCCAUAAAUUAUCCAUGCCAUUUUCAAAAACCCCAUCAUUCAUAAUAAGAAUGUUUGAUAAAUAUCUUAGUCAGUUGACAAGCACACCUGAGCAUUUACAUCGUCCAUCUCCAAAUUUUUCUUCAAAUACUUUAUCUGAAUUAGAAGCAAAAGGUUUCUCUUUUGCUAAUGAUGGACAUAUAUUGACGGAACCAUCUUACGAAGAAGCUAGAAAUAUGGUAUAUGAAUUAUCUCUCAUAGAGGAAUAUAAUUGGAUAAAAGAAAAAUUUGAAGUUCAUUAUGCUGAAGUAUUCCCAAUUGUAUUUUGCCAUAAUGAUUUCCAAGAAAAUAACCUACUUCUUUUAAAUGAUCCAAAAGUUGAUAAGGUCUAUCGUAUUCUACCAAUCGACUUCGAAUACUCUGGUUAUAAUUAUCGUGCUUUUGAUGUUGGGAAUCAUUUUAAUGAGUGGUGUUAUGAUUACACGAACCCUGAUCAACCGUAUUAUUUUCACAACAUUGAAAAUUACCCAGAUCGUUCAAAACAAAGGCUUUUUUGGAAAGCAUAUCUAACUGAAUCUUAUUCAAAUGUAGAAAAUGAUCAUUUUAAUAAAAGAAAUGGUAAUUUCAAUUGUGUUGAUAAUUAUGAACAUAAUAAUAAUAAUAAUGUUGUUCGAUUUGCUAAUCAUCAUGAAGAGGAUUGUGAUUACGAAAAUUUAUGGAUUGAAACAAUCUAUGGUUCAUUAUUAUCACAUUUAUUUUGGUCUGCAUGGUCACUUGUUCAAAGUCAAUUAUCAAGUAUUCAGUUUGAUUUUAUGGAUUAUGCUAAAGUUCGUAUGAAACAUUAUCAUCUCAUGAAAUCUUGGUUACCACGCGAACAUUUGUGAAGGAAACGCACAUAUCCGAAUUUUUACUCAUUUGUUUGUUUCUUUUUUUAUCACAGGAAAUAGAUAACCAUUUGUUUAGUAUAAUUUCUAGGAUAAAACAAAUUAAUUAUUCACAUGAUAACAAUGAUGAUCGUAACUUUCAACUAAUUUAUCACUUAAUUUGUGCUUUUUGUGUACAUUUGUUAGUGUUUUACUAAAAAAAAAACCAGGUUUGUUGCAUAUAUGUCUACACGUUUGCUACCGUAUUACACAUCACCCGGUUAGUAGUAUUUCGAAAAAAAGACCACAAUCUGUGAUAUUAAUGAGCAAAUUAUUAUUAUUUUUGUUAGAACAAAGUUGAUAACUUAAAUCUUUAUUCUUGAGUAGCGUUUUCAUGCUUUUCUUACCUUUAAUAUCCUUUAUUUCUUUUCUAGCCUUCCAAUUUACACUUGUAAUUAUCACUUUAAAUUGUUAAUCAUAUAUUUUUGUCUGUUUGCUUGUUUAUUAUUUUGUUUCUAUUUAUUUCAGUUGUUUCCUUCGUACUGUUAUUUACUAACAAAUUCUACUAUUUUUGAUAGAUCAACUUAUUUACAGACAAAUAUUUCCAGUGCUUUAAAAACAACGAUAUAUACUUUUCGAUUGUUAACUUAUGGAUUUUCGUAAUACUGAAUAAUUCUGUCUUCAUUUGAUAUACAUAUUAGAAUACUUAAACUGAUUUUAAUCCUAAGAAUGUGUAAUUGACUAAUUCUCCAAAUUGAUAAAAGACACCAAACUGUUGAUUAGAUAAGUACAUUUAUAAAACAUAUCAGGUAUAAUAAUUGAUAAAUCAAUUGGUGUUAACCGUUGUUGAUGUAAUCAUAAGUGUAGAAUCCCAAUUAAAGUUACUUUACAACUCCAAAAUGUUAUUGUUGAGAAAUCUCUCUCUCUCUCUGUUCUCUAUUAUGAUAUUCCACUGCAAUCAGACUAAAUGUCCCAGUAUUUUUGUUCAAACAAAUAUUAUCCAUCUUUGCUUAUAAUGUUUGUAAAUUAAGGCAAUAUCGAGGCAUACGCACAGUAUGCACAUAUGCCAAUAAGAGACUAAUCAAUUUCGAUCCUAAAACAUCAAUGGAAAGUUUCAAGUUAAACAAUACCAAGUGAAUUAAAUAUUAUCUAUGUCUAAUAUUUACUGAUUUGAAAAAUUGUACUAACUUGCUUACAUCUGAAUGGCUCGUUUAUAAUUUUUGUGUAUUUAAUUACUUACACAAUUACACUUUCCCAUAAAAUGUAAAUGACGAAUUAAUCAAAACUGCUCUUCAUCUGCUAAGUGAUGCAGUAUAAAUAGUUUUAGAUAUAUUGGUACAAAUAUGUUAUAAAUCACCAGUUUCUUUUUCUAAUUACUACCUAAUAAAGUCAGUCAUUAAUUAAUAAUGUAUUAUAUUAGUAUUGACAAAUAAUAAUUUGUUUUUUAUAAGUGAACAGCAUUAUUACGAUCGACCACUAAUUUUAUUAGCCUGACCAUAUUCUAUUUUGAAUCGACUUGAACGAAAGAAACAUACUAAUUAAUUAAAAUAAUACAUAAGUUUGCACACUGUUCUCUGCUUUACAUUUAUUAAAAAAAUCUUUU